CUUUCUCAUGCCCACCCCACUAACAGUAAAGUUAAUUACUACUGCUUGUCUUCCCUCAUUCGUACCGUACGUCAUCUGUCUGCCUCUUCACAUGUAUUUUUCUUCCUUCCUUUUCACACCCGAAACCAAAACCAAACCCUCACAUGCCUCCAUUCUAUUUAUUUUAAUUUUAAUUUUAAUUUUAAUUCAAUUUAAUGCUCAGGCUCUCCCCUCCCCUUUAAUGGCGGCGGCUGAGGAGAUUAACGGUAAUCGCGAGAUCUGGCGGGAAGCAAUCCAAGCAGCUCUCACCAAAUCCGUCGAGCUUAGGGCAAUCCACAACGCCUUCUUCAUGAACACCAAUUCCAAUUCCAAUUCCAGAUUACCCUUACCCAGUUUAGCUUCAUCUUCCUCCCCUACCGCUGCUUCUGCACACGAUUAUCCUAUUUUCAAUCCAAGUUACGAAGACAAGCCAUCGCCAGCGGGCUAUCGGAGAUACGCUGAAAGUUGGGGUGGAUUAGAAGAAACCCUCUUCAAGUUAGCUGAUGAUCGCCACUCCUUGUCGGGUUUCCGACCGCCGGCGCUGGCGGCGUCCGACGACUGCUCCAAGUGUCGGAGAAAUAGUCUAGGGGAUGUUAGGUCGGUAUCUUCUUACAACAAAUGCAGACCGGCUGCAUCGGACUACAAUUCCGACGGCGGCGGCGCGACGGGGAUUGCUCCGGCGGCGUCGAGGAAUAAAGGGCUGAGCUUUUCUUGGUUGUUGCCGAAACUGAAGAAAAAAAUUAAAAGUGAGAGUUCGCCUCUCUGUCCGCAGACAGUCAAUACGGCCGAAUUCGAAUUAAUCGAGUCGUUGAAAAAAAAAUUAAUCGAAGCGCAACGCUGUCGCGACGAUGCAUUGAUCGAAUCCUCCGAGAUGAAGUCAUCUGUCGAGGAACUUCGUCGAAAAUUGGGGAUUUUGGAGUUGCAUUGCGAAGAGCUGAAGACAGCAUUGCGACAAGCCGUCCGGAUGAAAGUCUCACCGCGGAGAGACAACUUUUCGAUCGUUAAGACAAGAGGGAAAUCCAUUGAUGGAAAUCCGGACUAUUCGAUCCCCGUGAGCGACGAGGCCACAAUCGAAGACUUCUUGCAUAUAGUGUCCGAAUCGAGGUUAUCCGCGAAGCAAUUCUGCAAAGCAUUGAUCGCUAAUAUACAAGCAACGGACGAGACUCUAGUCGGCAACUUAAAUUCGAUCCUCGAGCCGUACAAGCUUUCGAUGCAUUGCAAGCAUUCGAAAGCCGUGUUGUACCAUUUGGAAGCCGUCGUAAACCGUUUGCUCUACGAGGACUUCGAGAACGGCGCAUUCGAAAGAAACGGCGCUGCGAAGUUCCUCGACCCGGAUCAAGAACGACGCAGCAAGCUCCGGGCUUUCGCCGCAACGAGAAACAUGAGUCGGAACGACGCGCAGCGGAAAGGGGCUAAGAAUUGUGACGGCGGGGGCGACGAAUUCGGCAAGUUUUGCGAUCGGAAAAUGCACAGCGUUGCGGCGGCGUUGGGGUGGACGAGGCCGUGGCUGGAGGAGACACUCGAGGCAUUUUUUGCGGCGGUGAAAGGCGUCUGGUUGUUGCAUUUGUUGGCGUUUUCUUUCGAUCCGCCUUUGCGGAUCCUAAGAGUCGGGGAAAACCGCAUUUUCGAGAGUCAUUACAUGGACGACAUAUUUGCUGAUAAGCUAAAGCCGAUGGUUCGGUCGAGAACGAAGAUUAUGGUGAUGCCGGGGUUUUUUGUUCAUGACAAGGUGCUAAGAUGUAAGGUUAUUUGUAAAUAGAAAUCUGUUGUAUGAAUAUGAAGUUUUGGAAGACAAAAUAUUACUA